GCAGAAUAGUGGAAAGAGAGCUGUUCGCAUCAACAAACAGCGCAAAGGACUACUAUGCCUGCAAUGCUCGUAAAUAACACGCAGCACUAGGCCUGCCUGAGCCUACUGCGAUGAGCAACAAUGGACCAUUGGCAUCAACGAGGGCAAACGAGCAACAUUUAGUGGUUUACUUUGGUGUUUCGAGACCAGAACAGUGAGAGUAAUGUUUAGAGAAUGGCAAUUGUUUCAGUGAUACCGGUGAACAACAUUACAAACUCGAGUGACAAUGGUGCUGGGACAAAUGGAACUGUCAAUAUCGGUGGGGGUGGUGGUGGUGGUGGCGUCGAUGGAGGAGGUGGCAUGGAUGGCUGUCCACGGCAGGACGAAAUCCUGUACCCAAGUAUGUUUGGGAUUGACCUAGCGGUGCCACAAUGGGAGGCGAUUGCAACCGCACUCGUGCUUACGCUCAUUAUCAUCAUUACCAUCGUAGGCAAUAUAUUGGUAAUACUGAGUGUGUUUACGUACAAACCGCUGAGAAUUGUGCAGAACUUCUUCAUUGUGUCACUGGCAGUAGCAGAUCUGACGGUGGCCAUUCUGGUGCUGCCGUUCAAUGUGGCCUACUCGAUACUGGGCCGCUGGGAAUUCGGCAUCCAUGUGUGCAAAAUGUGGCUUACCUCGGAUGUCCUGUGCUGUACAGCUUCGAUUCUAAAUUUGUGUGCAAUAGCAUUAGAUAGGUAUUGGGCCAUUACCGAUCCAAUUAAUUAUGCUCAGAAACGUACCUUGGAGCGGGUCCUGGCAUUGAUAGCCGGUGUGUGGAUACUAUCGCUGCUGAUCAGUUCGCCACCGUUGAUCGGCUGGAAUGAUUGGCCGGAGGAAUUCUCCAGCGAGUUCCCGUGUCAAUUAACAAGCAAUCAAGGUUAUGUUAUCUACUCUUCACUAGGAUCAUUCUUCAUCCCAUUGGUCAUCAUGACUAUUGUGUACAUCGAAAUUUACAUAGCCACUCGAAGGCGCCUCCGGGAAAGGGCCCAGGCGUCCAAAAUCAACACGUUAGCUAGUAGGAGUAUCGGGGUAGCAGGCGAAAAAGACACUGGAAUGGUGCAGCAGCAACCGGACCAGGAAUCAAUUAGCAGUGAAACCAACCACAACGAACAUCCGCACAAUAGCACCAGUAGCAGUAGCAAUGAACAUCGUUCCCAAAGAAAGCGGAAGAAGAAAGCCAAAGAGAAGAAGGAAGCAAAGGAGGCGGCGAAGCGUGCCAAGCAAAACCAACUCCAGAUAGCCCUCCGGGAUGAAGAUUCCGUUACGGAGUGUCCGGAUAAUUCGUCCAUCGGUGCGAAAGCAAACUGUGAUAUUAAAUCGGCCACUGGUCCCAACGGUACGACUGCAGCAGGUGCAGUGGACGGGGAGGAUGGCCCCAAUGUCGCCACAGCCACCAAUGGCGACAGGAAACAACAGCCAAAAGCAACAACUUCCACGGAAACCCGAGUAAGAAUGAAACAAUCGUUCCGGAGACCCGGUGGCAUGACUCAGUUUAUCGAAGAGAAACAGAAGAUUUCGCUUUCUAAGGAACGGAGGGCGGCCCGAACGCUCGGCAUCAUCAUGGGGGUGUUUGUGGUCUGCUGGCUGCCCUUCUUCCUCAUGUACGUAAUCCUGCCGUUUUGUCCGACCUGUUGUCCGACGAACAAGUUAAUUAACUUCAUCACAUGGCUGGGAUACAUCAACUCGGCUUUAAAUCCUAUUAUUUACACAAUAUUCAAUUUGGAUUACAGGCGAGCAUUCAAACGAUUGCUCGGCAUCAAACAGUAGGCCUGUUAUUCCGUACGGUGUGGAAUCCAUAGCAACCAACAAUAUGCAUCAUGAUGGCUCAAAGAUCGACACAUGUGCUGCCAGCUGGGAGAGGUCGUUUAAUUUGUAGCUAUUUUAAUCGUACGCAUAUACGACAUAAAUGCGAGUCAGGUUGGUGCUCCCGAUAUCUGCAACCAAAGGCAAUUCAAGACACUACGGAUGUAUUUGAUUUCUGUAUCAGAAAUUCAAUCCGAUUUCUCUAAUUUGUAAGUGCGCCGGUACCUGGGCUAGCGGAUCUCAGAAUG